CACCUGAAAAGCCUUCCCCAAGUUUAUCACCGAGCCACCAGUUGGCGAUAUACCGAGGAUAACGGAUUGCCUCAUCCGACAUAUUGGGUAAAGUUCACUGAAGCGAACUGUGGUCCCGAUUGAGAUGAUGGCGGCAGUCGGACCACCGUGCCACGCGUUGUAGUGAUAGUAGAUGGAACCGGAAGUGCACCGCAGAUGGUCUGUAGACUCACUGCAUGCAGCCAGAGUUUUCGAGAGCAGGGAUGGGUAGAGAUACUCAAUUGGAGGUUACGCGGGAAGGCUGCAUUCACGCGCUCGUCCAACUCGAACCGCGGGGCGGCGCGGGCGGCAGGCGCGUCGCACGAGGUGAACGAUCACGUGUAGAGCGCGUUAUGUACGUGAUCGUCAGCCCCGAAUGGGCAGCCGCAUGUUCGGUGACAGAGUGGCGAUUGGUGUGUUCUGCUCUGCCCACCACGGAGGCCUGGGCCCCAAGGGGCGGUUCGGAGGAUCUGGCCUAUGGCAGCAAAACGACUAUCAAAACUCGACAAAUGGAGGUUGCAGCGUGGAGUGUUAUCAUAUUAGGUCCCAUUGUAAUCGGACUAUACCCCAAACUAUACCCACCGUCCGGCACCCCAUUCGGCAAGGCUAUGUCGCCCUGCUUCGAGGCUUGGAUGAGCUCGGACGCUCCUCUUCAUCUCCUCCGGUGCCUGGCUUGCCACCAUGGGCGAACCCUCAUCCAUCCUGUGCACCUGAACCCACGUGUCGUAAGGCCUCUUUUCCUUCCGUGGCCCAUAUGAGGCUGCAUGCCAGCAACGACGCCUUAGGCAUUGCAUGAAAACUUCUCGUUGACGACUGCAAGGCCGACCACCCAGUUCAUCUCAGGCGAUCUAGGCCCUCGCGCUAAGGUUGUGCGGUGCCGGUCCUCUGCCGAGGAAGGCUUUCUGGCGCAUCGCCCGAGGAGGGCGCUCCGGUACGAGUGAGCAUGUUGUAAACAGUUCGACAGACCCACGAGGAUGGUGGUCAUACGACGCGGCAUUUGAGGCUCCUGCUGGCGAGGGUUGGUCAGACUGCUAUUUGGCAGGACGCCAUACGUCUCUUCUAUGUACGUGGUUGCUGCAGGCCUGGCGAU